AUGUCGAAGACCAAGGUCGCCGCCAAGGGCUCUGACAAGAAGGCCUCCAAGGCACUGAACAAGGUCAAGGAUGCCGGUGUCGCUAAGGCCACCCAGUCUCCUGCUGCCAAGAGCAAGGACGUUGCCCGCAAGGUCGCUGCCAAGGAGGAGAAGUCUUCUCGCAAGAACAAGAAGAAGGAGCCUACCCCCAGCAGCUCCUCCGAGUCCGAGUCCGAUGAGGAGGCCGAGUCUAGCUCUAGCAGCGAGUCCGAGAGCGAGGAGGAGAAGCCCGCUCCCAAGAAGGCUGACAAGAAGGCCGCUAAGAAGGCUGAGUCUUCCUCUGAGUCUGAGUCUGACAGCGAUGAGGAAAUGAAGGAUGGUUCCGAGAGCGAGAGCGAGUCCGAGAGCGAGAGCGAGGAGGAGAAGCCCGCUCCCAAGAAGGCCGACAAGAAGGCCGCUAAGAAGGCUGAGUCUUCCGACGAGUCCUCCUCGGAGUCUGAGUCCGAGGAUGAGAAGCCCGCCGCCAAGGAGGCUGCUAAGAAGGAGGAAUCUGACUCUUCCGACUCUGAGUCGGAGUCGGAGUCCGAGGAUGAGGCUCCUAAGGCCAAGAAGGCCGAGAAGGAGUCCUCCGAUGAGUCCGGCUCCGACAGCUCCGACAGCUCUGACUCCGAGUCCGAGUCUGAGUCCGAGGACAGCGAGGAUACCGCCAAGGUGUCCAAGAAGCGCAAGGCCGACGAGGAGCCCGAGACCGCUACUAAGAAGACUAAGACCGCGGAUGUUCCUGAGGGUGCCUCCGCCAACCUCUUCGUUGGUAACCUCUCAUGGCACGUUGAUGAGGAUUGGCUCCAGCGUGAGUUCGCCGAGUUCGGUGAGCUCUCUGGCUGCCGCGUCGUGACCGACCGCGACUCUGGUCGCUCGCGUGGUUUCGGCUACGUCGAGUACACCAAUGCUGCUGACGCCGCCAAGGCUUUCGAGGCCAAGCGUGGCACUGAGAUCGAUGGCCGUCCCAUCAACCUGGACUAUGCCGCUGCUCGCCAGCCCCGCGACCAGCAGGGUGGCCGUGACCGUGCCCAGUCUCGUGCUGGCCGCUACGGUGACCAGACCAGCCCCGAGAGCGACACCCUGUUCGUCGGAAACCUGCCCUUCAGUGCUAGCGAGGAUGCCCUUCGUGACGUCUUCGGUGCUCAGGGUACCGUCCUCGGUAUCCGCCUGCCCACCGACCCCGAGUCCGGCCGGCCCAAGGGCUUCGGCUACGUCCAGUACUCUUCCGUCGACGAGGCCAAGUCUGCCCACGCUGAGCUCUCUGGCUACGAGCUUGAGGGUCGUUCCCUGCGCCUGGAUUUCAGCACCCCCAAGCCUGCUGGUGAGCGCUCUGGUGGCUUCGGCGGCCGUGGCGGCGGUGGUUUCGGUGGCCGUGGUGGUGGUGGUGGUGGUUUCGGUGGCCGUGGCGGCGGUGGUCGUGGCGGUCGCGGUGGCUUCGGCGGCCGUGGCGGCGGUCUCAACAAGGCCAAGGGCAGCAUUCCCGAGUUCAAGGGCACCAAGGUCACUUUCUAA